AUGGGUGAUGGGGGUGAAGGGGGUGAUGGAGAUGAUGGAGAUGAUAGGGAUGAUGGGGAUGAUGGGGGUGAUGGGAUGAAGGGGGUGAAGGGGGUGAAGGAGAUGAUGGGUGUGAUGGGGAUGAUGGAGAUGACGGAGAUGAUCGAAAUGAUGGAGGUGAUGGAGAUGAUGGGGAUGAGGGGGGCGAUGUGGAUGAUGGAGACGAUGGGGAUGAUGUGGAUGAUGGAGAUGAUGAAGAUGAUGGGGGGUGAUGGAGAUAAUGGAGAUCAUGGGGAUGAUGGAUAUGAUGGGGAUGAUGGGGGUGAUGGGGAUGAAGGGGGUGAUGGGGAUGAUGGGGAUGACGUGGAUGAAGGGGCUGAUGGGGAUGAUGGAGAUGAUGGGAAUGAAGGGGGUGAUAGGGCUGAUGGGGAUUAUGGAGAUGAUGGGGAUGAUGGAGAUGAUGGAGAUGAUUGGGUUGAUGGGGGUGUAGGGAAGAUGGGGGUGAUGGGGAUGAUGGGGAUAAUGGAGGAGAUGUGGAUGAUUAGGGUGAUGGGAAUGAUGGGGUUGAUGAUGAUGGGGAUGAGGGGAAUUGAUGGGGAUGAUGGGGGUGAUGUGGAUGAUGGAGAUGAUGGAGAUGAUGUGGAUGAUUGGGGUGAUGGAGAUGAUGGAGAUGAUGGCGGUGAUAGGGAUUAUGGGGACGAUGGGGAUGAUGGAGAUGAUGGAGAUGAUAGGGAUAAUGGGGGUGAUGGCGGUGAUGGGGAUGUUGGGGGUGAUGUGGAUAAAGGGGAUGAUGGGGAUGAUGGGGAUGAUGGAUAUGAUGGGGGUGAUGGGGAUGAUAGGGAUGAUGGGGUUGAUGGGGAUAAAGAGGGUAAUGUGGGUGAUGUGGAUGAUGGGGAUGAUGGAGAUGAUGGAGAUGAUGGGGAUGAAGGGGGUAAUGGGGGUGAUGGAGAUGAUGGGGAUGACGGGGGUGAUGGGGAUGAUGGGGAUGAUAGGGAUAAUGGGGGUGAUGGCGGUGAUGGGGAUGUUGGGGGUGAUGGGGAUAAAGGGGAUGAUGGGGAUGAUGGAUAUGAUGGGGGUGAUGGGGAUGAUAGGGAUGAUGGGGUUGAUGGGGAUAUGGGGGUAAAGGGGGGGGUGAUGGGGUGUGAUGUGGAUGAUGGGGAUUACGGAGAUGAUGGAGAUGAUGGAGAUGAUGGGGGUGAUGGGGAUGAAGGGGCUCAUGGAGAUGAUGGGGAUUAUGGAGAUGGUGGAGAUGAUGGGGAUGAAGGGGGUGAUGGGGAUGAUGGGGAUGACGUGGAUGAAGGGGCUGAUGGGGAUGAUGGAGAUGAUGGGAAUGAAGGGGGUGAUAGGGCUGAUGGGGAUUAUGGAGAUGAUGGGGAUGAUGGAGAUGAUGGAGAUGAUUGGGAUGAUGGGGGUGUAGGGAAGAUGGGGGUGAUGGGGAUGAUGGGGAUAAUGGAGGAGAUGUGGAUGAUUAGGGUGAUGGGGAUGAUGGGGUUGAUGAUGAUGGGGAUGAGGGGAAUGUGUGUGUGA